CUCCUGUUGACAUAGGAAUAGUAGAGAAAUACCCUUUGUUACACGUCGAUUUUUUUACAGCUGCUGAGCGUUCUGGAACCAUUUCUGCUUUGAACCGUGACGCGUGAGCCGAUUGACGCUCUAGGACCUCCGCAGACCUCCGCCACCCUCCGACAUCCUUACUUCCACCAUGGCCUCCCAACUUCCCUGGAAUUCUGCGCCCGGCCGUUCCAUCGACAUAGAGCUCGGUGGACAAGAAGUUAUCAACAUUGAACUUGAUGCACUAGACUCGUCGGCGGACGAUGUCAUCGAAGUGCUCAAAGAUGGACAGCCCAAGGUUGGCUACUGGACACGGUUGGCGGGAGAAUACUUGCGACGAGAGCACCUAGAUGCAGCAGAGAAAAUUGCUGUAGCUGCCGUUGAAAGCUUUCAAUCCAGCGGCUCGAUAGCCUCCCUCCCACCCGUGCAUUCACUACUGGCAAACAUUCAGCUGGCACGGGCACGAAAAGCCCCAAAACUUAAGCUUCCCAACGCUCGCCAAGAUGACAUGACGCACGAGAGGUCGCAGGCGGAAUAUAUGACAGAGGCAACAUUGCACCUCAAUAGCUGCGAGAAGGCUAUUGCGGAGGAAUCCAGCCAGCCAUCUUUACUCUUGAUGCUUACACGUGCUAUUCAUCAACUCGCUAACCGCUCCAUGGAGGAGUCAUUGAGGACAUUCGAAGGUAUUUUGGAGGCAUACCCCACGAAUUUGAUUGCGCUCAUGGGGAAGGCCAGGAUUCUCUACGCACGACGCCAAUUCUCCCAAGCACUCAAGCUGUUUCAACAAGUCCUAGCGUUGAACCCUCAUUGCUUGCCAGACCCCCGUAUCGGAAUUGGACUCUGUUUCUGGGCUAUGAAUCACAAGGAAAUGGCGAAGGCGGCAUGGCAAAGAAGUGUUGAAGUCAAUCCAUCUGAAGGAUCCGGUCAAUUACUACUUGGAUUGGAAGCCCUUAACUCGAGCAAGAACCCUGCUUUGGCUGAUGAAGAACGAACACUGGAGAUCAGAAAUGGUUCCAAAUUGAUUGAGCGGGCGUUCAACGCGAAUCAAAGAAAUGCCGCCGCGGCGAAUGCACUUUGUGAUAUAUUCCUACGAAAAGGUCAACAUAAAAGAGCUCUCAAGCUUGCAGAGCGCACGAUCCAAUUUGCCGACACUGUGACGGUACUCACAGAUGGUUAUAUUCGCGCUGGCCGUGUCUGCCAUGCAGAAGGCUCCAUAGCUGAUGCGACUAGGCAUUACACAGCUGCAACAAAUGGUCAGCCAAAAAAUGUGAUCGCUGCUGUGGGCUUGGCUCAAAUGCAAAUGCGCAACGAUGAGACUGCUGCUGCAAUCCACACCCUCGACACCUUGCUCCAGCCACCAAAUCCACAACGAUCGCUUGCCGCCACAGUCAUGCUUGCUUCACUGCGUGCUCAUCCAAGGCCAGGUGUCUCCAGCGCUGAUGUCACUCAAGAAAAGUUGCGAGCACGCGAACUUUUCGAUCGCGCAUGCAAGUCGAUUGAACAGCACGAGGACACCGCUGCCCGACUCAACGGUCAGGCGAGCAGUCUUACAUCGCCCUCUCGGAUUAUCGUGGACGAUGUGGAAAUGCACGUGGAGAUUGCACGUCUAUGGCAGAGUGAAUCGUUGGAUCGCACUUCAAAAUCGUUCCGCGAAGCCCUGCGGAUCGGUGAGCUCAAUGGACAGGCUGACCCACGAAUAUUGAACAACUUGGGCGCACUGGCACAUUUCGAGGGUCAAUUCGAACAGGCUCGUGUCAUGUACGAAAGUGCGCUCACUUAUGCUGGCAGUUUGAGCUCGGAUGCUGCAGAGGCGAUGUCGACGUCUGUUCUAUAUAAUCUUGCGCGCGCCUAUGAAGAUCUUGGUAAGGAUAUUUUGGCGACCGAGGCGUAUGAGAAACUUUUGUCUCGUCACCCAGAAUAUGUAGAUGCCAAGAUCCGUCAGGCCCAAAUGCUUUCUGAUCUCAACCGGUUCGGAGAAGCCCAUGAAUUACUCAAGCACGCCCUCGCUUCCCAGACUAACAACCUUAAUAUCCGCGCCUUCUACACAUAUUUCCUCAUCCAGGCAAACCUUCCGAAGCCGGCGAGAGAUUUCGUGUUCGCGACCCUGAAGGAUCAUGACAAGCACGAUGUCUAUUCACUUUGCGCCGCCGGAUGGAUUCAGUACCAUCAAGCUCGGGAGAACCGAGAUUCAAAGGCUAUCGAGGAACGCAAGCGUGGCUUCCAGCGGAGCGCCGAGUUCUACGAAAAGGCUCUCCAGCUCGAUCCACUUUGCGCCGUCGCGGCACAAGGACUGGCGAUCGUCACUGCCGAGGACGCGCUAGGCACCUUGAAUGGUACCUUACCAGGUGUUCCAGAUGACCCACAGAGACGACUCCUGAACGCCCGCGAGGCACUCGACGUCUUCGCGAAGGUGCGGGAGUCGACUAAUGAUGGGAGCGUCUACGUCAACAUGGGACAUUGUUAUUACGGUCGGGAUGAGUACGACCGCGCAAUUGAAUGCUAUGAGACAGCAUCAAGGCGGUACUACGACGGACACGAUCCCUCCGUUCUUCUCUACUUGUGCCGAUCGUGGUAUGCGAAAGCUAAUAAGGAUCAGGCAUUUGCCGCCAUGAACACCGCUCUGUCAUAUGCUCAGAAGGCACUACACAUACAACCGAGUGACAAAGCCAUUCUGUACAACAUCGCGAUGAUCGAGCAGAAGGCUGCGGAGAUGCUCUUUGCCCUUCCUAGCGCCAAGCGGACGCUCAAGGACAUGCAAAGAGCCAUCGAGCACGCAGGUCAUGCGCAGAAGCUGUUUGCGUCACUGGCUGCAGAUAGUUCAACUGUGUUGCCGUACAACCGGGAGAUUGCCGAUCAACGUCGUAAGUAUGGGGACAGCAUGUUACGGAGAGCGGAGGAACAUCUGGCGACACAACGGCAGUACGAGUCCGAACAGCAUGCAAAGCUAGAGGCAGCUCUCCAACGACGACUGGAGGAGAAGGAAAGGCUUGAGGCGGAAAAGCGCCAAAAGGAGGAGGAGGAGCGAAAGGCAGCUGAGGAGCUAGCUCGUCAGCGCCGCAUUGCUAUCUCACAGGCGCAAGAGUGGACACGAGAGGUGAAGAUGGAGAGUGACGAUGAACGUGAGCGUAAGGCGGCAAAGAAGGCGAACAAAAAAGUCAAGUCAGAAGCGACAAGUGGAGACGAGGGCGUAGAGCCCAAGCGGAAGCGGGUGAGAAAGGGCAGGAAGAACAAUGGAGCGACAGAAGGUUCAGACGCAGACGAGGACGCGCUCUUCACAGGAGAUGAGGCUGACAAGCCAACGAAGAAGCGACCGAAGAAACGCGUCAUUCGAGACGAUGACGAGGAGGAGAAGAUCAACGCAGCACCUCGUAAAAAACAAUACAAGAGUAAAGAGAUGAUAUCAGACUCGGACGAAGACAUGUCGUGACCAGAUUUCUACACUCCCGCCUACAUAUUCUGCCCUUUUAGAUCUGUAUCAUUAGUGUUUCUCUAUCCAUGUGCUUUGCCGGACUGUUUCAUCAUAUGAUUAGCUGUACCUCGG